AAAAGCGCUACAGCCCGCGGCGCCUGCGCAGAAAGCUCUAGACGCUGAGAGGCAGGAGGCACUUGAGAUCGUCUGCAGGGUUGGGACUGCUACAGAGGCCGCCACGGAGCCCGCCGGAGCCACCGUUCCUCCUGCUGCUGCCUCUGCCCGAAUCGGAACCGUCGGGCCGCAGCCGCCGGCAAUGCCGCGAAGGAAGAGGAAUGCAGGCAGUAGUUCAGAUGGAACGGAAGAUUCCGAUUUUUCUACAGAUCUUGAGCACACAGACAGUUCCGAGAGCGAUGGCACAUCCCGCCGCUCUGCCCGCGUCACCCGCUCCUCGGCCCGGCUCAGCCAGAGUUCCCAAGACUCCAGCCCUGUUAGAAACUUGCAGUCCUUUGGCACUGAGGAGCCUGCGUAUUCUACCAGAAGAGUGACCCGUAGUCAACAGCAGCCCAACCCAGUGACUCCAAAAAAGUAUCCCCUUCGGCAGACGCGCUCAUCUGGCUCAGAAACCGAGCAGGUGGUCGAUUUCUCAGACAGAGAAACCAAAAAUGCAGCCGAUCACGACGAAUCACCACCUCGAACCCCAACGGGAAACGCACCUUCUUCCGAGUCUGACAUAGACAUCUCCAGCCCCAACGUGUCUCAUGAUGAGAGCGUCGCCAAGGACAUGUCCCUGAAGGACUCAGGCAGCGACCUCUCGCAUCGCCCCAAGCGCCGUCGCUUCCAUGAGAGCUACAAUUUCAACAUGAAGUGUCCCACGCCAGGCUGUAAUUCUCUAGGACACCUCACCGGGAAACACGAACGACACUUCUCCAUCUCGGGAUGCCCGCUCUAUCACAACCUCUCCGCCGACGAAUGCAAGGUGAGAGCACAGAGCCGGGAUAAGCAGAUAGAAGAAAGGAUGCUGUCCCACAGGCAAGAUGACAACAACAGGCAUGCAACCAGGCACCAGGCACCAACAGAGAGGCAGCUGCGGUACAAAGAAAAGGUGGCUGAACUUAGGAAGAAAAGAAACUCUGGACUGAGCAAAGAACAGAAAGAGAAAUACAUGGAACACAGGCAGACCUAUGGGAACACGCGGGAACCGCUCUUGGAAAACCUGACAAGCGAGUACGACUUGGAUCUCUUCCGCAGGGCACAAGCCCGGGCCUCAGAGGAUUUGGAGAAGUUACGGCUGCAAGGCCAAAUUACAGAGGGGAGCAACAUGAUUAAAACAAUUGCCUUUGGCCGCUAUGAGCUGGAUACUUGGUACCAUUCUCCCUAUCCUGAGGAGUAUGCGCGGCUGGGACGUCUCUACAUGUGUGAAUUCUGCUUAAAAUAUAUGAAGAGCCAAACGAUACUCCGCCGGCACAUGGCCAAGUGUGUGUGGAAACACCCGCCUGGAGAUGAGAUAUAUCGCAAAGGCUCAAUCUCGGUGUUCGAAGUAGAUGGCAAGAAAAACAAAAUCUACUGCCAAAACCUGUGCCUGUUGGCCAAGCUUUUCCUGGACCACAAGACUUUGUAUUAUGAUGUAGAACCUUUCCUGUUCUACGUCAUGACAGAAGCGGACAACACUGGCUGUCACCUGAUUGGGUAUUUUUCCAAGGAAAAAAAUUCAUUCCUCAACUACAACGUAUCCUGUAUCCUUACCAUGCCUCAGUACAUGAGACAGGGCUACGGCAAGAUGCUGAUUGAUUUCAGUUACUUACUGUCCAAAGUGGAGGAAAAAGUCGGCUCCCCAGAACGGCCGCUCUCAGAUCUGGGGCUCAUAAGCUAUCGCAGUUACUGGAAAGAAGUGCUGCUCCGCUACCUGCAUAAUUUCCAAGGCAAAGAGAUUUCUAUCAAAGAAAUCAGCCAGGAGACAGCUGUGAACCCCGUGGACAUUGUCAGCACUCUGCAAGCCCUUCAGAUGCUCAAGUAUUGGAAAGGAAAGCACCUGGUUUUAAAGAGGCAGGACCUGAUUGAUGAGUGGAUAGCCAAAGAGGCCAAACGGUCCAACUCCAAUAAAACCAUGGAUCCAAGCUGCUUAAAAUGGACCCCUCCCAAGGGCACUUAAAGUGGCCUGUCAUUCUGAGCCAGCGAACCCCAGCAGUAGGAAUCCAUCCCCUAGGGAUCUGUCUGUCAUUUCUGUUGCUCUCGUGAUUGGCAAGUGCAGUACCCUUUGGGAAGGCCACGCCCCUCGGGACUGUCCUGGCUCCGCCCUCGUGUACACUGCAGACGCUGGUUCUGAGGAACUGUUGUUUCGGCCUCAGUGAGGUUGCCUGGAUGGGACCCGCACCAGCCUGGGGUGCGGCUCCCUCAUAGCACUGACCCAAGGAGUUCUGUUCCAGUACUGUACCUGUCCAGUCACUGGUUCCACCUCGUGUCCUCUGCCCCAUGAGGUGUGUCGUGUCCUCUGAGCUUCGUUCUAGUGCUUCUCGCCACCUGGUCCCCAGACCUCCAGUACGGUUACUCCUCCCAGUCGUGUUUGGGGAGCGGCAGGGAAGGGGCAGCACCUGGGACCCUGUGCGCGCGGGAGAGGGGCCGGCUGUGCACCUCGGAUUGCACCUCGCUUUCCCUUCUAUGCCUCCCCUUCUGUCUGUAUCGGGCUGAGCAAAGCCAAGGACUUGGGAAGAUCUUCCCGGGUGGUAGUCUCGGUCACAGCGAAUAAUCCAUCUGGAUCAGAUGAUGGCAACAGGAAUAGGCUGUGAUUCCGUGCUGAUCUGUGCUCACCUGUGGGCAGUGGGCAGUCUCGGUGGAAGAGAAUGGGUGCUUUUCGCCUCACCAAAAAUCGCCCAGCAGUGAACGUGCCCUUUUUGCCCCCAGGCCCACUUUUACUUUUGCAGGUACCAAAAUAAUUUCCAGUUCUCUUGAUCAUGCUACAUGGCGACUGGUUAGCUCUGCUGCACGACCCUCCUCCGCUUUCACAUCAGUCGCUCUGAGUUUGGCCCCAGCCUCUGGGAGAAGUUGAGAGUGACCGGAAAUGAUUUCUGCAACUCAGCCCGUGAUGACUCAGCGAGGCAGUGUGGCCGAGGUUUGCUUCUCCAGCAGCAUCACCCCCUCCUGUAGGACUGAAGUGCUUCUGCCCCUGCAGAGCUCCUCCUCCUCUUUUCUUUUUGGGAUGUGCCACCAUCCCCUCUCCUCUGGUCUCCUAUUUUCGGUGUUGUCCGAGCGCAGGAAGAGAUGUUCCCUCCGAUCUCCCCCACGCCCGUUAUAACCCGCUAUCCUGGGGCAGCCUUCGAUGUCUGACGCAUCGCCCUUCCCAGCUCAUGCUCCUGCGACACCGCUGUCAUCACGUGGCGCCCUCCCCACCACCCCGACUCUGGUCAUUGUGCCUUUCUCGUGUCAUCCCUGUACACUGCUGUUCACUGUGGGUUGCGGGGGGCUGGUUUGAAGCAUGUUCUGUGGCGGCUCCCUCCAGUGUCACUGCUCAGAUUUACCCAAAAGCAACUUCACUGGGGCUUUUCUCAAGGGUGAAGGCCUUUUACAGACCCACGUCCUUCCCCGUGUGUGGUAGAAUGUGCUCUUCUGUAUCUACUCAAUAAAGCAUGUUCUCUGCUCACAGCUGCUCCCUGGGCUCUCGUCUGUGGCAGGGCUUCGUCACCACACUGGAGACUCCCUUGUUCCCUCUGGCAGGAAACCAUUGAGAGGCAGCUGGCGGCUCAGGGACGCAGCCGUCCUAGAGAGAGCGCUUCCUCCGAACUCGUGUGGCUGGGGGACGCUUCCCCUCUGCCUCCUGUGCUGCCAGCUCACAGGUGUGAGCAAGAGCAGCGCAUGAGUCAGUCUCACUGAGGUCAUUUCCCUGUGCUGGGGGAGAGGAUCCAGCAGGAAGUUGCGAGGCGGGGCACAGUGGGAGGCGGCCAGAGAUGCUGCCCUCCCUCACCCAGCGCGUUUACCAGCAGUGAGCUUGGUCAGCUAAUCCUUGUCCCUCUCUCAGGUUACGUCUCUGAAAGUCUUCAUAAAUGUCCUGUGGCGUUCAUCCAGUUCGGGGAGGAAAGCUGGGCACUCUCUUUACUCUGGUGGGAAGGAAGAGGAGGUGGGAAUUGUGUUUGCUGGCAUGGUUUUUUCUCGUUGCAGCUGGGAGUGCUGAGAACCCACCCCCGUGGGCAGACUAGGAUCCUCUAGAGCCGGGGGAGGUGAAACGUACUCGAACGUGCAGCUGCUGAGAGGCUGAGUCAGGAGGAUUUCCAGUCUGAAGCCAGCCAGGGCAACAUAGCAAGACAAAAAAUUCUAUGUGCCUCUUACUGAGGGGUAGCGUGGUGAGACGGAGGGAAACUUAGGGUUGUAGAAGGACCCUUGUACUCAUCUUUUCUUAGACUGUGUACCCCCAACUCUCCCUAUUGUAAUUAUUUGUGGCAAAGACCAAUUCUGCUCUUCCCACUUUGAAAAAAUUGAAGUAGGUAAUAGAGCCCACGAGCAUGGAACCCUGGGAGGAACAGGUGUUGGGUUUUGUGCGCAGACUGUCCUCAAACCUCUAGGCUGGCUGCUGCCCUGAACAUUAAUGAAGAUGUCCGGCAUGGACCCCUGCAGGUAUGGGAAGGGUGUCCGCUUCCCUUGGCCGCCUGGAGUGAGGCUGUCUCCCCGUGACACUUCUCCUAAACAUCUCUGCAUCGGAGAAGCUGCUCAGGCUCUUUCCUGAGAAGGGCAAAGAUCUGCGCUUGUUCAAGGGUGUGGUUCCCAGACUCCAUCUGGAGGUGUCUGCUCCCUCUCCAGUGGGAGAGGUCGUGCUCCCUAAAUCAUGGAUUCCUCUCCCUUCUAGAGAGUCCUUGCUCGGGCUUCCAUUGCAGCGAUGUGGAUGAAGCUGGUGGAAUCUCCCAGAAAAGAAGUUGGUUUUAGUUGACCUUAGCGGCAACAAGUUGGGGCCAGAGGGUGAAAGCAGAUGUGCCUCACUCUGGUCCUGCUUCCCCUUCAGGAACAAACUGGCCCUUUGCCUACCCAGCUCUCUUCAGUUCUCAUAACGCUGUAAGUAGAGAUUGGAUCCCUUCUUUUCAGAUGAGAAGGUUCGAGGCUCACAGAGCUCCCACCGCUGACUUCUCCAGGUCCCAUAUUGGGACAACGCUAUCAUGAGCUCUGGUCCCGAUGCUGCCGCCACCGUCCCAUUUCUCACCCAGGGAGAGUGAGUCACGGUGCUUCUUAGGGACACAGUGUACCCUGUAGAGGGUGGGCAGGGUGCUUGGACGUGGCCUUGGCUUUACUGGUCCCCGCAGCUCUGACAGGUUGCAGGGCUGGGGUUGGGGGUGACCUGGAGUAGAGCUGUCCAUGUCAGGCCAGUUGGUCCAGAUCAAGGUUGGGGCCACGUGGUGUUCGAAGCCGGGAUGCAGGAAUCGACCACAGCUCGCUCACAGCCCACGCUCCUCCCGCAUCACGGAGCCAAGGAAGUUGGCUCUUUGGGUGUGCAUUAGUGACUUCUCAAGGGUAGUCCUAGGUCUCCCUGCCUAGUCCUAGAGGAGCAGUUGCGUUCCUGGCAUUAAAACAGCAGGGUUUUCAUGAGGGUGGAGCAGCAGCAUUGGUCUUUACCUGCUUUGUUUGCUUCUGACCUUUGGGAAUCUGAUCAAAGCACUGGAUUUUUUUAAAAAAUGCCCCUAUGCAAAUAGCACAUUUGCAGUUCAGGAAACUAUGCCUUUGAAGUCAUUCCUGGACAGGAGGUUAAGCAGCUCUGGUUUGAAAAGCCCCAGGAAUGCUUUCCACCUGCCUUGCUCUUCCCCCGAGGCCCUAAGCUUGAUCUUUAGUGUGCCUGGGCUUGAGUACCUGGUCCUGCUACCUGCGGUGAGGUACAAGGACAAGCCUGGCUUGGUAUUAGCUUCCUUCCUCCCGGUGGGCCGCACCAGGACACAAGGACAAAAUGGACAGGUCUGUGUGCCACGAGUAUGGACUGCGACAACCCCUUCUGCUAAAUAAUAGUCUGUGAUGUGUGCUGGGAAUUUUAGAAACGACCUUUGCUGUUCGUUGGGAUCAUGGAAUUCUAGAGUUGGACCUCAACUCAUUUUUCUCCAGCACUUUGGCUGCAAACGUGGAUGGCUGCCCCUUGCAGACCGUUUCCUGCUGAUGGGGGCAGCCCAAUUGCUCCCUUCCCUUGUGGUGUCUUCAACCAAGCCAGCAAAUGUCACUAAGAAGGAAACAGGAUUGCCCAGUGGUGAAAAUGCCUCAAAGCCAGGACGUCGCUCUGUCUCUUCCCUCUUGGGCAAUACCAUUACAUACAGGCCAUGCUGCCACCAUCUGGGGGCUGGGGGUUUGUUUAUUUGUGCCCAAGAGUGGAGAAAAUAACCCAUGCUGUUGUUCAACUUUGGCCCACGGCUCCACCCAAGUGUUCCCUGUGACACCUUUACCCUCGACAAGUCACGUUCAUUCCAAGAAGCCAGUCUUUGUGCUUGUUUCCGAGAACAGCACCCCCACUUAUUCCAAAGUGAUCAGAAAAAUCUCUUCCUAGGUAUCUCCAAAGCCAACAGUUGCUCCACGCCUGCAUGGGUGAGCUGCUCCUUCCAAUAACUGGUCUGCUUUUCCUCCUCUCGAGCGCGGGCUGGGCUGGCUCCUGACACGUCUUGACCAACGAACGCUGUGGAAGUGAUAUUCUAGUAGCUUCUGCGUUUUGCUGUUCAGCUGAUGUGUUUCUGAACUGGGAGCUUGAGGUAGACUGCUGGGAGAGGAGGAAGCCUGUGACACCACGGUGGGUGAGCUGAGGUGCUCCAGCUAAAACCUCCUGGAGGUGGCCAUCCCAGAACACAGCCUUGCGAGCGCCCCCUACUGGUGCCACCGGAAGCUAACAAAAUAUCCAGCUGAGACCCAGCGAUCUAUGAAAUCGGGAGGUAUACAGCUCUAAGUCAUGCUUUGGAGUGAUUCCAUAGACAGCACCGAAACCAGACGGCUAGGGUUGGGGUUGGCCCUCUUGUCACCAUCAGCUGACGGCCUGUGAUUGGAAGGUAUGCGCCGAGGAGAACGCCCACCUUGAGCCAACCUCAUGUACGUAACACUCGGAGUCCGUCCAGCCCCAGGUUGGCCACUCAGCAUUAUCACCGUCGGUCAGAUUCCUCUGAGGCCUCUGGUUGACCUUAAGUCUUAGCCACCUCCCUAAGUGGGUCAGGAAGAGUGAAGAUGGACCUGUCGCUUCCUUGCUCAAGAAUGUAUUUGGCUCGUUGGCUUGCUUCGUGUUUAUCCUGGCUUCCAAGCCUUUCCGUAAGCUGACUCGACCCACAUAGCUUCUGUCAUCCCUCACACAUUGCCUCCGCCUGCUGUCAGAUCGGCCCACUCGUCCCCUGUCUUUACUGGGAAAGCCUCUAUGCCAGCAGUCCCCAAAUGUGUUCCAUUAAAUACCAAAGUAUGAGCAGAAGGGUACUGUGGUCGAAUAAAUUUGG